AUGCCUAUUUCACUGUUAGUAAGACUCCCAAGAGCUCCAUCUGAACCCCCAAGCGGUUGCCAUAGUGUAUCUCCGGUGGCUGAGAGGCGAACUUGCGGCUGGAUUCAUAGAAAUGACGUAGGUGUUAUCCUUAGUAGUGUUAUGAAGAACAAAGUAGUUGAAGUCAAAAGAGUGAACAAUCGGGUUGGAAAAGUUAUAGUAGCCUUAGCAGAAGAAAUUAUUAACAUUGUUAAUAUAUAUGCGCCACAGACAGGUUAUAAGGAGGAAGAAAUGCUUAUGUCUAUCAGCGAGGAUGAGAAGUUAGUCAUAGGAAGGGAUCUAGAUGGCCAUAUAGGAACAGCCGACAGUGUACUAGGCAAGACAACGGGAAACAAACCAACAAAUGAUAAGGAAACUUGGUGGUGGAAACAGGAGAUACAAGAAAUAAUACACGAGAAGAAAGCAGCUGAAAGAACCCCUGCUAGAGUAGGAAGUGAACAAAGUAGAGAGGCAAAUAAAAGGGCCAAGAGAGAUGUAGCAAGGGCAAAGGCAGAAGGAAUGAGCAAAUUCUUUGAAGAUCUGGAGACCAAAGAGGGACAGAGAAACAUCUUUAGAAUUGCAAAAGCUAGGGACAAAGCAUCUAAAGACAUUGUUCAUAUUAUACAAAUUAAAGAUAACAAUGGGAGUGUACCAACAAGGGAAAAGCCAGAUGAUUUAUCAAGUUUAGAGGUAAAGAAAGCAUUAAUUAAAAUGAAGAAUGGGAAAGGCGUGGGACCUGAUGAGAUCCUAAUUGAAGCGUGGAAGUGCCUGGGUGACGAGGGUGUAGAUAUCAUAUUAGACCUUUUACGAAAGAUUUACCAACACGUGAAGAUACCAGACAUAUAG